AACCUACGGUAUGAUCUUCUCUAUGUGAUUAAAAGUAAGCUUUCCAAUUUUGGUCGACCAACGUUUUGUGCAUAAGGUGUUAGCUGAUAUGCCGCUGUAAGCUUUGGACCUUGUGUUUCUAAGCAUUCAAUUUGUUAUCCACAGAAGGAUAAGAGUGGAUUCUUUUUAGCUUUUGAUUGAUUGAGACCUUGUAAGGAUGGUCAUUCUCUGCAGGUUACCGUUGUAGCACCCAUGACCUAUUUUUUCGUUUAAAUUAAGUACAACGAAACGAUGAUGAUUGGAGCAAAAAGAAUUUGCAGAUCUCUUGUUAAUCUAGGUCCUUGUCUUCUUCAGUUUUCUUCACUUUCUUCACAAACGCUUGAAGAAACUGUGAAAGCUGCAGUUGGAGCCAAAGAGUACCAACAGAUUCCCGACCUUCUUAAGUCUUUCAAACUACCUUGUCAAAACCCUAAUCCCUUCUCAUUCCUCUCCAACUUCCCUGACAAUCACAGAAUUCAAGUCAUUGAUGAAAUUUUGCAUUCUUUUAUCCCCCUCAGACCCCGUUCUCGAUCGCAACUUGCCUAUGAUUGCCUCCUAUCUUAUGCCCUCCAAAGUUCCAAUCCUCUCCCUCUUGCUCUUGCCAUCCUCCAACGCACUCUUCGUUCUGGCUGCGUUCCAGCCCCCCAAACGCGCCUCCUUCUUUCUUCUGUAUGGCUUGAGCGAAGACGCCAUUCUCACUCUGCCGCUGACAUUCUGUCAGAGGUGCAGUCUAUUGGGUAUCAUCUUGAUUGUGGCACUUGUAACUACCUUAUAUCAUCUCUCUGUGAUGUUGAUCAGCUGAUGGAAGCGGUUAAAGUCUUGAAGGGGAUGGGUAGAGCAGGAUGUUUUCCUGAUUUAGAGAGUUACAGCGUUGUGAUUGGUGCAAUGAGCUCAGUCAGGAGGACCAAUGAUGCAGUAGAUAUGUUGAAGGAAAUGGUGGCAGAAGUUGGAUUGGUACCUAGGCACACAACGGUGGUGAAAGUGGCAGCUGCAUUGCGGGCAAACAGAGAAAUGUUGAAAGCAGUCGAGUUGAUUGAGUUCUUGGAGAGGGAAGAUUUUCUUGUUGGAUUUGAGAGCUAUGAAUUAGUAGUAGAGGGGUGCUUAGAGUGCCAUGAAUAUAUUUUAGCUGCAAAGGCGGUGAUGAGGAUGACAGGGAGAGGAUUUAUACCAUAUAUUAAAGUAAGGCAAAAGGUGGUAGAGGGGCUGGCUAGUAUUGGUGAAUGGAAGAUUGCUUGUGUUGUUAGGCAAAGAUUUGCAGAGCUCAAGUCUUAGGUUUGUUUGUACGAAGUUAUCAAUGGAUGAAGGAUGAAAACACAUAACACAGGCAUUAGGCGAAUGUUGUCUACAUCCUAGUCUUUUGUCAUUUGAAGACUAAUACAUGGCACUUGUUUCUUCCCGUAAUUGUUCAGAGUUUUUUGGGGCUGAAUCCACAGCAGUUGUGCGGUGAUAGUGAGAACUUUGCCCUUUGCCCUUUGCCUCUUUGUGGUAGUUAGAAAGUGGUGCCCUUUGCCUCUUUGAGCUCGAAGGCCUCCACUUCACCGUCAACUCACUUUCUGCCAAUAAUUUGUACAAGAUUUGCUUUCUCCAUUCGCAAACAGAGCACAGAUUAAUUUCAAUUUUUAUCAGUUUUGUUUUGUUCUUUUUCCUAUAGUUCUGUUUGAAGUUACUACAUUCUCUGCCAAAUGCACGAAUGUUCUUCUACCAAAUUUCCUUAUAUAUAUUUUAUAUCAAAUUAAAUUGUUUAUAUAUGUG